AUGAUCCCGCGCUGGGCGAGCUCGCUGAAAAACUCACGGCCACUGCUUCAUCAGCAUUCGCCUAGAAUGCUUCCUCGACUGGCUUCGUCCACAAAUCCAAUGGCACAGUCAUCUUUGAAAUCAUUUGUUCGCACCAUGUUCAUCCAGACAGAAUCGACGCCAAACGACGAUUCUCUCAAGUUUAUCCCUGGCCAGACCGUGAUGGGAACAGGUUCUGCGGAAUUCACCGACACUCGUUCGGCUCUUGCAUCCCCUUUGGCAAUCCGCCUCAUGGGAGUCGAAGGAGUGCGCUCCGUCUUCUUUGGUCCAGAUUUUGUCACUGUGUCAAAGGUUUCUGACACACCAUGGAGCAUCGUCAAACCCGAAAUAUACUCAACCCUCAUGGAGUUUUUCACAUCCAAGCAGCCUCUAUUCAGAACAGAAGAGGAGAGAAACCUAGCUGGGCCUCAGGAUACAAGAAUUCUCGACACCGACUCGGAAACCGUGGCCAUGAUCAAAGAAUUACUCGAGACACGGGUCAGACCGGCUAUUAUGGAGGAUGGUGGGGACAUUGAAUAUCGAGGUUUUGAAUACGGGACUGUCAAGGUCAAGCUGAAGGGCUCUUGUCGAGGUUGUGAUUCCAGCACCGUCACCCUGAAAAAUGGCAUUGAAAACAUGAUGCGGCACUACAUCCCCGAGGUACAAAGAGUAGAGCAGGUGCUAGACCAAGAAGAAGCCAUAGCCCUCGACGAGUUCAGCAAGUUUGAGGCCAAGCUCGAACAGAAACAAAAGAAGGACUCUCCGUAA